AAAUAAAGUGUGUACUGUGCAUUUUGAGUCUGUUGGAGUUCAGAAGACAGCUGCUUCUGUUUGACUGUGGUCCAUCAUGAGGACAGGAGUGGUGCAACUCUCCCUUUUUGGGGUUCUGGUGACUCUAGCUGCUGCACAACCAAAGAAGGACGACUGGGACAUUUACAGUUUUCACAUCAACUCCACUGUGACCGGCCGAUACGCCACCACCGUUAUGACAAGCCGCGUUGUGAAUCGCAUGACUGAAUCGAAAGAAGUUGAAUUCCAUGUUCAGAUCCCCAAAAAUGCCUUCAUCAGUAAAUUCAGGAUGCUUAUUGAUGGUCAAAUGUACGAUGGAAUUGUGAAAACUAAGGAGCAGGCUCAGCAACAGUACACUCAGGCUGUGUCUCGUGGUCAGAGUGCUGGGAUUGUCAGCUCUGUAGGGAGAACCAUGGAGGAAUUUAAGACCUCUGUAACUUUGGCGGCCCACAAAAAGGUCACCUUUGAGCUCACCUACGAGGAGCUGCUGAAGCGAACCCACGGCAAAUACGAGCUGCAGAUCCACGCUCGCCCCAUGCAGCCUGUCAAGGACUUCAAGGUUGAUGUGCACAUUCACGAGAAAGCCGGCAUCAGUUUCAUUGAUGUGAAAGGAGGACUGAGCACCGAUGUCUUGGCUAAUGCUAUCACCAAAACACGUACAGAUGAACAGGCAUGGGUGUAUUUUUAUCCUACGGUGGACCAACAGACAACUUGUGAGCGCUGUGGAGAGCGGGGUCUGAAUGGAGAUCUGAUUGUUGUUUAUGACGUAAAUCGAGGCAACGGACUGGGCGACAUCAAGACUUUGGACGGAUACUUUGUCCAUCACUUUGCUCCAUCAGACCUUCCCCGAAUACCAAAGAACGUCGUCUUUGUUAUAGAUCGAAGUGGCUCAAUGCACGGCAGAAAAAUGCAACAGACCAGAACUGCUUUAAUCCAUAUAUUGAACGACCUGGCCGAAGACGACUUCUUUGGUCUUCUCAGUUUUGACAGCGAAAUAUCUCACUGGAGAAGAGAACUCGUUCAGGCCACCAGUGCAAAUCUGGAGGGUGCCAAGAAAUUUGCACAUGGUAUCACUGACAGAGGAGCCACAGACAUCAACGCAGCAGUGUUGGAAGGGGCUCGCAUGCUGAAUGCACAUCCUAGAGAAGGUUCAGCUUCCAUCCUAAUACUUCUCACAGAUGGAGACCCAACAUCAGGAGUGACAAAUCGCGAAGAAAUACAAUCAAAUGUAAGACAGGCGAUUGCAGGGAAGUUUCCUCUCUACUGUCUUGGUUUUGGAUUUGAUGUCAAUUUUGAAUUCUUGGAGAAAAUGUCUUUGGGGAACAACGGUGUAGCAAGACGGAUCUAUGAAGACUCUGAUGCUGAUUUGCAGCUCAAGGGCUUUUAUGAAGAAGUGGCCAAUCCUCUCCUAACAGACGUCACAAUGAUCUACGUCGGUGGAACCAAUCUGACCCAGACUAAUUUCAGUCAGUAUUAUAAUGGCUCUGAGAUCGUGGUGGCCGGUGAGAUCAUUGACAACAACAUUGAAGACUUUGUGCCAGAAGUUAUUGCAAUUUCAAGUAAACAAAAAGUGACAUUUUCUAAAACAAAUGAGUUUGUGAAUUCUUCUGCUGGAAUUGCUGAUGGACUUCUUCAAAGGGUUUGGGCCUACCUUACUGUGAAACAACUUCUGGAGAAAGAGCUGCUGGUAUCUGGACCUGAGAAAGAGAAAGUGAAGAGCGAAGCCUUGGAGCUGUCCCUGAAAUACAGCUUUGUGACCCCACUCACAUCCAUGGUGGUCACCAAGCCACAGAGGGAGGACAUAGAAGUCCUCCACAAACCCAAAGAGGGCGACGGACCCCGGGUCGAAAGUUACGCCACACCAGCCAACAGUAAAUGUCUCCUUCUCUGCCUUCUUUUUUAUGGAAUCAAUGACAGUAAGAUGCAUCAUGAUGAAAUGAUGAUAAAGCAUUUUUUUUUUAAUAAUCAUUUAAAACAUAAUUCUCUUACGUUGUUUCAGGCAUGGGUGUAUUUUUAUCCUACGGUGGACCAACAGACAACUUGUGAGCGCUGUGGAGAGCGGGGUCUGAAUGGAGAUCUGAUUGUUGUUUAUGACGUAAAUCGAGGCAACGGACUGGGCGACAUCAAGACUUUGGACGGAUACUUUGUCCAUCACUUUGCUCCAUCAGACCUUCCCCGAAUACCAAAGAACGUCGUCUUUGUUAUAGAUCGAAGUGGCUCAAUGCACGGCAGAAAAAUGCAACAGACCAGAACUGCUUUAAUCCAUAUAUUGAACGACCUGGCCGAAGACGACUUCUUUGGUCUUCUCAGUUUUGACAGCGAAAUAUCUCACUGGAGAAGAGAACUCGUUCAGGCCACCAGUGCAAAUCUGGAGGGUGCCAAGAAAUUUGCACAUGGUAUCACUGACAGAGGAGCCACAGACAUCAACGCAGCAGUGUUGGAAGGGGCUCGCAUGCUGAAUGCACAUCCUAGAGAAGGUUCAGCUUCCAUCCUAAUACUUCUCACAGAUGGAGACCCAACAUCAGGAGUGACAAAUCGCGAAGAAAUACAAUCAAAUGUAAGACAGGCGAUUGCAGGGAAGUUUCCUCUCUACUGUCUUGGUUUUGGAUUUGAUGUCAAUUUUGAAUUCUUGGAGAAAAUGUCUUUGGGGAACAACGGUGUAGCAAGACGGAUCUAUGAAGACUCUGAUGCUGAUUUGCAGCUCAAGGGCUUUUAUGAAGAAGUGGCCAAUCCUCUCCUAACAGACGUCACAAUGAUCUACGUCGGUGGAACCAAUCUGACCCAGACUAAUUUCAGUCAGUAUUAUAAUGGCUCUGAGAUCGUGGUGGCCGGUGAGAUCAUUGACAACAACAUUGAAGACUUUGUGCCAGAAGUUAUUGCAAUUUCAAGUAAACAAAAAGUGACAUUUUCUAAAACAAAUGAGUUUGUGAAUUCUUCUGCUGGAAUUGCUGAUGGACUUCUUCAAAGGGUUUGGGCCUACCUUACUGUGAAACAACUUCUGGAGAAAGAGCUGCUGGUAUCUGGACCUGAGAAAGAGAAAGUGAAGAGCGAAGCCUUGGAGCUGUCCCUGAAAUACAGCUUUGUGACCCCACUCACAUCCAUGGUGGUCACCAAGCCACAGAGGGAGGACAUAGAAGUCCUCCACAAACCCAAAGAGGGCGACGGACCCCGGGUCGAAAGUUACGCCACACCAGCCAACAGACAUGUUGGGCUCGCUGGACAUUCUUUUUUAAAUGGACGUGUUGGGCUCUCUCGACAUCCUGGUUCACAUGGACACUUUGGACGUCGUAGUUUUCUUCCUUCACAUCACCACAGACAGAUUUCAAGGUGGUCCAUAUUGUCAUCUAAUAUAGGGAUUGAUUACGACUUAUAUGAUAUGCACCCCACUAUUAUUGCAAUGACUCAGUCGACGGAAAUAGAAAUGACAACAACACCCGUUCCUGUUUCUCACAGAUUUAUUCGGAAAGCUGAAAAUCAGCCUCUUCCACUUUGCUUUGAUGUCAGUAAAGCUGACAUUUUCAAACUGCUUCACCAUCCUAGCAAGGCGCUGUUUGUAAAUGGUGAGCUGGAUUCGCUAACAAACGGAGGCUUCACUAAGAUCGUUAUUCACAUCAGCGCUGACCAGCACAUUGAGGUUGAUCCGGAGGGAAUCAGUCUUCAACAGGGACAGACUGCGACGCGGCACACUGGACAGGAUCUCAUCACAGCUGGACGUCUUACAGUGAUCAUGCGUGUCAAAGAAAUAGAUGUUGCGGUGGAGGAUGUGCGCUUGGUUAUCUUCAUUCAUGAGAAGGACGGGAACAAAUUCCUCUGGCCUGUUUUGCGGCAGAUGCCAUCUGCCAAUGACACAGAGGGACUUUUAGCUUUAAAACCAGCAGACUAUCAGGUGCAUCUGCAACAAUCUGAUGGGAAACUGAAGCUCAAUGACAGAGAGGCUCCUGCUUUCAGAUCCACUGCAACUGACUACAGCAUUGCCAAUCCUGUACCAAUGAACUGUUGGCUGGUGGGAGCUGACUUUGCCCUGGAGAGGACUUUGAAUGAUUACUUUGUUGCACAACUUUAACUGGAAGCUAUAAUGAAUGACCAAAUGCACAUUUAAAACAACAUUACCAGCAUUCAAAUGCCUAUUAGUCAGGAUCAGUGAAAAAAAUGAUAUCGUUUUAAAGUACGUUUAAAGAAAAUUAAACAUAAAUAAAAAACAUUUGUACCAUUAAAGGAGGUGAAAGGGGCAAAAAUGAAACCCAUUAAUGUUCAAUAACCUUACUGUUUUAAUGCAUAUAGAUCCUGGAAGAUUUUUGUUGUUAUUGAUUGCUGUUUGUUUAAUUCUGAUUGUAUAUUAAUAAAGGAAUGCAGAUAUUUAAUAU